AUGAAAGAUUUGGGAGAAUUAAGAUUUUUUCUCGGAAUAGAGUUUGCAAGGUGUGAGGCUGGAAUGGUUAUGCAUCAAAGGAAAUAUGCACUCCAACUGAUUGUUGAAAUUGGAUUAUCUGGUGCUAAGACAUCAGGCACUCUUAUGGAUGUGAAUGUCGAGCUAACAUCAAAACAAUAUGAUGAUCAAACAAAGGAAAAUCAAGGAGACAAGCUUGUAGAUCCAAGUGCCUAUCAAAAGUUGAUUGGAAAGCUUCUAUAUUUGAACAUGACUAGACCUGAUAUUUCAUUUAGUGUGCAAACAUUAAGUCAGUUCUUACAGCAACCUAAAAAAUCCCACAUAGAUGCUGCACUAAGAGUAGUCAAGUACAUCAAGAAGCAAACAACAUUAUCAAGGAGUUCAGCUGAAGCUGAGUACAGAAGCUUGGCAUCUACUGUAGCUGAAUUAGUAUGGUUAGUGGGUUGCUAA